GCAGGGAAAGACGCGUGGCCUUUUGUCCUGGUCAUUCCGGAUGGCGCGCUGAAUUCGCGCGCGCGGGCCGCCGUGCAGCCGUGCAGCUCAUGUGGCCCACAUGAGGGGGAGCAAGAAACCCAGUGUGGAAGAGCUGCUGCCCUUGCGCCUGGUCGGGGACUUCUGCAGUUGGCAGGUCGAGGUUCCGGGCUUAGAGUUGCAGUCCAAUGGCUCGCUCAUGGGUGGUAAAGUCUUGGAAUUCAUCCUGCUCUUGCAACUGGAGGAGUUGGUGAAGUUUCAAAUCAUCAGCAGCCCAUUGGGCUUUCGGGCUCGGAUCUACCCAAAGGAGGAUGCGGCCCUGGUAAAGGACGCUGGCCAGAUGGGUGCUUCUGAAGCCAAUGGUCUGGUGGGUGGCAGUGGUGAUGGCCAUGGCAGGAAUUUUAUCAUCAGUGACCUCAAGGUGAAAGCCUUGCUUGUGCGCUUAGCCCUCGGGAAGCGUGGCAUGGAAGGGCCGCCCUUGGCCGCACAAGUGUGUUUCACCCUGGAGCCCACGAGGAGCGGCCCCACCGUUGCCAUCGGUGCCGGGAAAGUCUCCCUCGUUGGUCAGACACACGUGGCGUGGAGUGAUGAUCCUGAACAGCUCCGACUGCAGCAGCUGCUGCCACUGCGCUUGGUGGGGCAUCCCUGUGGAUGGCGCUUGGAGCAGUCAGGUCUGGUUCUCACCGCCACGCACCACGAAGGACCGUGGCAGGGCCACAGCCUUUGCAUGCGCCUGUUGACCCGGGAGGUGGAGUUCCAGAUCGUGAGCGACAAGUUCGGCUUCGCCUGGCGAGUCUUUCCCGGAGGGACUGCCAAGCUCCCACAGUGCGAUGGCCCUUCAGCCGCACUACCUGCGCAGCAGGGGGGAAAGGACGACGGAUUUGGCCGGAACUUCUUGAUCACCGGACGGCCAUUGAGUGUUAUCACCUUACUGGUGUGGCUCAAUGUGGAGGAUGAGCAGGUCAAGGGCAUCCGUUUGGCACAAGGGCCUACGGCGUCCUCCUCGAAGCCUUCGGUUGCUGUGGGCGCGCGCCGGGUGCAGUACCCGGUGCUCUCGCAGCUCACGCCUCUGGGGCCGGAGCUCCUGGAGGCCGCUGAGACCGAGGACGAGAAGCAGGCGGCCUUGGAACAACGUACUGAUUGCGUUCGGCGGGUCGCUUGGAGGCUGCAAGAGGAAUAUGCUGCAGAGGAUGUCCAGUGGGAGGUCUUGGCCCUGCGACAGCUCUAUCCCUACCAGCAGAAGAAGAGCAUCCUUGCGUUGGAGAUGGAAGGGCACACGCAUUUGGAAGAGGAGCCAGAGGAGGAGGGUGUGCAGUCCUAUGUGCGAGCGGCUCAAGAGCUGAAGAAGCGUGAGAAACAAGCUGAAGAGGUCGAGGGCAAACCCGGAGAAGGAGCUGAGGACACGGAAGCAACCCCUGGUGGGGAGAAGCCGGAGGCUCUUCAGGCGGUGCCAGAAGGGACAACUGAGGAGAAAACUGCAGAGGAGGAGCUGCGUCGACAUUGCCUAAGGGGGCUGAAGGCGAUUGAGCGGCAAGUGGCUCAGCACAGUGAGUCACCAGAUGACCAGAGCGACCCAUCGCAGCAAGAAGCCGCGCCCAAGCCGCACACCCUGGCGCUACUACCGCAGCGGCCGUCGGCAUUGGCGGGCGCGCUGGCCAUGUGCGAGGGUGAUACUCAGGCGGCCGCUAUGGCAGGUGCACGUGAAGCGCAUCUGGAGCAGCUGCGGAAGCAGGGGCAGAUCCUCUCUCGCUCGCUGGCGAUCCUGGAAGAAGAUGAAGAGGAGAUGCCGGAGGAGAAGGUGAACACUGAAGCAUUGCAUGCGCUGAUGAAGAGGGAGAACCUUUUUGGGGACACGGACGCGCAGUUCAACAACGCCGUGCAGAACUUGCCCUCGGUGAAAGCUGCUCGGGAGAGAGCCAUGCAAGCGCUGGACUUGCCCACCUCUCUCUACCCGACCGCUGUGCGAAUGACUGAACUGCAGCACUGGACGGACCGAGUGAGCCACCAAGCCAAUAUCCUUUGCUUGAAACGCCUGAGAUUGCUCGCAGGUCCUCAUCCAGCCGUUUGUCGCCAGGCGGCCGAGGCGCUGGUGACCACCGGGAUCAUGUCUGGCCACGGCAGCGGUUUGUUCUUUGGGCUUGAGGCGGUGCCGCAAGACUUUCCGGAGGUUUUGGAGGAGCUGAAUCGCGCAUGGAAGGGAGGCCACUUCGGGCAUUGGUUUGGCGGCCCACGGGCGGGGAGAUAUUUGACCUGCACCUUGGAGGACUUUUGGUCUUGGAAGUUCUUCCACCUCUUCGCGAUCGUGUUGCGGAUGCAGGAUGAUCUACAGCUGAUCUUGGAACAAAUGGGCUCUGAAGGUCAACGCUUAAGCAUGGAGCAGCAGAUCAUGAUCAGCUUCCACAGCCGCGGCCAACAGCUGCCUCCUUGGGAGGACGGCGCCGGGCGGCGGAGUCGACGCAUCAGCUUAGUGUUUCAUCCCAGCCACAGUCAUCGGCGUGUCAGUGAAGGUGGUGCGCUCCGCUUGCACAAGAAAGGCACAGCACAAGUGGUGGAAGUGCCGGGCGGUAGUGCUCACUGGGCCAUCUUCCGCACGGCAGAGGUCCGCCAGGAAGUCACCAAGGUCAAUCUCCCCUGUGGCCGCUGGUGCAUCACCGUUUGUGCGGAAGACACCGAGCUUGCUCGCAAGCUACGGCCCGAGCACUCCGCAUUGGUGAACCGCGCUGGCACAGACGUUGGUGGGCCUGAGCCAGUGCGGGAGGUCACCUGCGAUUGCUGCUCCUUCUCCGCGGGCGAUGGCAUUCUUUUGACCUGCCCCGGCCAGCACCGGCUUUGCCGGAACUGUCUUUUGAUGGAACUUCGCCGGGAAAGCGUGCCCAGCUGCACGGCUUGUGCGGGCGAAGGCGAUCGCAUCCAUCUCUCCUCGGUCUGGGAGCUGAUGUCGCAGGACCACACCGCUCUGGAUGACCUGGGUUGUUGCUGCACACCUGGCGCGGAAGGCUGUGACAGCCAGAUCGACGUGGGAGCUCAGGUGGUGGUCUUUGGCCAGAGCAAGUCCAGUGGUUUGAAUGGUCAACGUGGUUGGACUCUCUGGUGGGACUUUGAGAAGCAGCUUUGGGAGGUGCUCCUGCCCUCGGGCCGAGUUCUGGCCUUGCGCGGCUCAGAGCUCGCGCUCGCCGAGGCCUGCGAGGGUCGCUGCAUCUAUGAUUGCCCCGCCUGGCAAGUGGGUCGUGGCUUGUACCCGGUGAGUUUGGGCAAUCGCUGCUGCGUGAAGCUGGGCAUUGAUGAAUGCUCCGGAGAUGCCCACUGCCCGGUGGGCUAUCCUUACUUUCACGGCGCUGAGUACUUGCCCUUCGACUCCUUGUUGACGUCAUUGGAUGCAGUUCUGUUCUUCUUGCGCCACGAUUUCGCCAACUUCUUUCACUACAAUGACAUGGUUGACGUCCACCCACCAGGCUUGGAACGCAUCAUUUUUCACAACUACCGCUCGUGGAUGCAUACGUUUCCACAUCACCACCCGCAGCUGGAUCAGCCCAAGUUGGAUCGCCGCAUUCGACGCUUCAGGGUGCUCUGCCGCCACAGCCGCGAUGUGCGGGGCGCCCGGCCGUUGCUCUUCGUGCGCUACGUGGGCGACGCGCCCGGGGAGCUCCAGAGGCUUGAGGAACUCUACUCACUGCUGCGGCUGUGGGGUGGACCCAACAUCAGGCUUUGCUAUGUCCUCAUGCUGCAGCGCAACAAGAAGAUGCCCAUGUCAACGCCAGCCCAGCUUGGCUGGGACGCCUUGACCCAUAGGGGCUCGGUGGGCAGUCUGGGCCUGACGGCCACUUCCGCACGGGGACGCCUCUAUCGACAUGCGGAGUACCCGAAGGUGCUGUUCUACCUGGUCGAUGGUCUUGUGGAUGUUAUGGAUUUCAGCGUGAUUCGACAGGCCUCGCGCUUCAACGUUUACGAUCACGCAGGGCUUCUGUUGGAUUGCCCUGCGGUCACCACGGGCGAGCUGCUUGAGAUGAUCGCACCCUUCAAGGACCCCUACACCAACAAGAGCCAGACUUGUAUUCGAACCUGGCUGGAAAGGCCCACCGAGCGUGAGCAGGAGGUGGUGAACGGCUUCUUCCCGGACUGCCCAAGGGCUCAACAGCCAGAUCAAGGGCGGCAGCCCAACCAAGUGUUGCGCCUGGCGGUGCAACGUCUCGACCUGAGGAAGCUCCAGGGCGUUCUGUCGGACGCCGACGCCAACACGUGGGACGCCCACGGCCGCCGGCCACUGCACGACCUGUGCCACGUCGCAGGUGAACAACGCUCACGCUGUGGACUGGCGAACAUUCUCCAGAUCGCGGCCGAACUCCUUUUGGCCCAUGGGGAUCCCCGUGCCCGCGACAAAGAUGGCACCACUGCCUUGGCGCUUUGCCGCAGACUGGUUCCAAAGAAGGCUCCCCCUGAGCUCCUGGCGCUGCUUCGUGUGGCCGCGCUGGAUGACUGCGGAGCACGGGCGUGCCCCAUGCCAGUGCUGUUCAGGGCGCUGGAAUUGAUGGGGGAGCCCCUACGGAGCAAGGUGUCGGUGAACUUGUUUGGUUUGAAGCCCUUGCGAGCGGUCAGUGAUGCCGAGCUCGCGUGGAGGACCCCAUCGCUCGGCCUUAAGGAGCAGCUGGAAGAGUUGGAUGCAGAGCUGGCGCAGAUCCAACGCAUGAAGCCAACGGCGCGACGGAAGGCGAUCCGACGGCUCCUGUUCGAGUGGCACCCUGACAAGAAUCAGCACAGACAUGAGCUGGCAACGGAGGCGUUUCAGUACUUGCAGGUCCGCAAGGCCGAGCUCUUGAAGCAGACCAAGCCCAGCUGAGUGCGACUGCUUCCGCUGUGGCGAACCGGUGCAGAUGCCAAGCGCCCAGCGCGGACGUCCGGUGGAGAAGUUCAGCUGGCGGAUCAGCUCGCGGUCCCGUCGGCGGAAAGAAGCGCAGAGAAGUAGAGCGCAGCUCGUGCCGCGGGAGAUACGGGUGGUCUCCUUUCUUUCAUGGACACGGAAGCAGAUCCUUUCAGAUCCUCAGCACCAAACCCUGGUAAUGGUGGUCGGCGUUGCCUCGAGAGAGGUGCCCGAAUGGCCUGCUUCGUUGUUCCGAAGAACUGGAGCCACACGUCCGUCGCCCGCCCUGGCACCGGGUCGCGGGCCCGGAGAUCUGAGAUCGUCAGCCGUUCCCUGCUGUAACGUGCUGAACUCAUGGGUCAAGGACUCAAGGACUCAAAGACCACCGAUAGGUGGAUAGCACCUUUGAGAGAACGAAUCGAAGCA